CCCAAAACUCAAUAUUGUUCGGUCACCUGCUACCUUUAUGUCAACAUCAGAUUAUCCUAGGCCCUCGAGUGAACGGAUUGCUGAGCUCAGGGAGAAUCUGGAGGCUAUACGGGCUAAAAUCAACGUCGUUGUCUCCUCCGCAGGACUCGGUGACAAGAAGCCCAAUUUGGUUGCCGUGUCCAAAAUCAAAUCUGCCGAAGAUGUAAUGGCGUGUUACGAAGACGGGCAACUGCAUUUCGGGGAGAACUACGUGCAGGAGCUGAUCGAGAAGGCAGAGAAGCUUCCCCAAGAGAUCAAGUGGCACUUCAUUGGUGCACUGCAAAGUAACAAGUGCAAGCCGCUGGCGUCGAUACCAAAUCUCUACGCUGUCGAGACGCUUGAUUCGAUCAAGAAGGCUGAUGUCUUCCAGAAGUCACUUCCCGAUGCUCGGUCGAUCCCCCUACGUGUGUUUAUCCAGAUCAACACAUCGUCCGAAGAGUCCAAGUCCGGCUUACCUCCCGUAUCCUCAACAUCAUCCGGCUCAGAAGCUGUCGAACUCGCGAAGCACAUCGUUCAGAAAUGUCCUGCCCUGCACCUCGAGGGGCUAAUGACAAUCGGCUCUAUUGAGGCGUCCACCACGCAGGAUGAGAACGAGGACUUCGACAGGUUGAGAGAUUCGAGGGAUAACAUGGAAAAGACGCUUAGAGAAGCUGGGCUGUUGGAAGGAUGGGGUCAGGAUGGGAAACUUCAGUUGAGCAUGGGCAUGUCGGCGGAUUUUGAAAAUGCGAUCAUGCAGGGGAGCGACAGCGUGCGUGUUGGGUCAAGUAUAUUUGGGGCAAGACCUAAGAAGCAAUAG